AUGAUACUUCUGGGUCUUCGGUCUGCGACUGAGCGAUCCAGCAGCCGCGGCCAGGGAAAACCCUUCUUCAUUGCGUCCUGUACAUGCUUCGCGCUCAUGUUCCGAAAGGUCUCGCAGUUGCCGCUAGAGCCUGGAUGUUCGCAGCUGGCUAGAAAGUACCGAAGGUUUGCUGUCAUCUUGUGGAUGAUGUACCCGGCAUUUCACGUGCUGCGCAGCUUCGGUAUCGUGACCUUGUGGCAAGAGCAGGUCCUGGCCUACACCUUCCUGGACGUCAUUGCAAAGGGCAUCUCAUUGUCGCUGUGUUUCUGUGGACCUGUUUUCCAGAGAUUUUUAAGCAGCUUGGGCAACUUGCAGAUUCAGAGCGCAAUGAUUGAUUGGAGAGUGUGCGUGGACGAGCACUGGACGGUCAUGCAGCCAUCGACAGAAGCCGCUCGGGCCAUGCAGAAUCACUGGUUUGGAGGCGAGAUGGCCGGAAGUCGCUUUCUGGAAGUGGUGGCAACUGACCA